AUGAUGACAUCCAACAUCGCAGAAUCACUCAACGCUGCAAGAAAUCUCCCCAUUGAUAUCUUGGUUGAAUGCCUCAGAAGUUUGGUUCAAAAGUGGGUUUGGAACAACUCAAAUAAUGCAAACGGAACAUUCACAAAAGUCUUGCCUUUCAACACAAUAGAAUACCAAGUUCAUGAUCAAAAGGGGAUAAAUUUCACAGUAAAUAUACAUAGUAGAACAUGUACUUGCAAUAGGUUCCAAGAAGAUGAAAUGUCUUGUGGUCAUGCAGUAGCUGUCAUUGCAAAGAGAAACUUAAGUGUGUAUGAUUAUUGUGCAAAGUUCUACAGAACAGAAACAUUGGAAGCAUUGUAUCAAGAAAAUGCUCAUCCUUUGCCCCAUAAAGAUGAAUGGAAUCUCCUACAACACUUGGACAUAAUAGUGCUGCCUCCAAAUGCAACAAUCCCUGCAGGAAGACCAAGAAAGAAAAGAAUAAGAUCAGGAGGGGAACAUAAAGUAAUAAUCACCUCUGGGAAAUGUGGGCAACCAAGACAUAACAGGAAGACUUGUAAGAAUCCUCCAAUUGAGAAGCCAAAGACAUAG